CAUCAUUCCAGCCCUGGCUGUGGAUCUCAGCCCUGCUUUGCUUUCUGCAGCAAGUGAAGCUGGAGGAGUUUGGGAGGCCGAAGAUCGACGGGGAGCUGAAGGUGCGCUCCAUAGUCAACCACACCAAGCAGGACAGGUAUUUAUUUUUGUUUGAUAAAGUGGUGAUCGUCUGCAAAAGGAAAGGAUACAAUUACGAGCUGAAAGAAAUUAUUGAGCUGCUCUUCCACAAGAUGACUGAUGACCCCAUGAAUAACAAGGACAUUAAGAAGGUAGGUGGACCAAGGAUUGGCUCUGCUGGAGAGCAUUUUGGAACUGUUUCAGGGUAGUAUGUUCCCAUUAGCCUUUUAAAGUAGAAACAGUGCUUGCAAAAAAAGCUGGAAAAUAAAUGCUCAUCUUUCAAGGCAGCCUUACAGAGCUUUGGGAAAUGUUUAUUAAUGUGGGGCUGGGCUGGAUCCUUGACCUCUCUGUUCUUGCAAAACAGCCCUGAGGAGGCUG